UAAAUUUUUAAUGGCAAAUUUUAAGUACAAAAAAAACACAUACAUAAUUGAACAGCAUAAAAAUUCAGCAUGAUAAAUACAAUGUCUAAAAAUGUCUAAUUCUAAUGAGACAAUUUUUACUUCCAUAGACUACGUCCAAUGACUGGGCAGCAUAAACUAAUCUUGAUAUUCCCUCAGCCUUUGAAAGCACAUUAUUUCGUUCAGAGAAAAGCAGUUUUAUGCUGCUGACGUCAGUCUUCUGGGCGUGUCAGAGUGUGAAGGGGCGAGGUUGGGUGGCUUCCAUCAGACAUCAGGGGUCACUGUGUGCAGAGCUGCAGGAGAAGCCUCUGCAGGCGGGAUGUGAUCCUUCCCUCUGUGGUUUAUCCAGAUUUUUCCACCCAAGGGUAAAAGGAUCCACUAGGACAGCAGUCUGAUCCCGCUGUCCUGUUAAAUCACUAGAUGGUCCGGGCUGUCUCUUGGUCUGAUUGGAUUUAUGCAUCGAGUUCACCCAGCCAGGUGAGUGUCAGUGGGUAUUCCCACACACCACCGAUGCUACGGAGAGCAGACAGAGCUACAGCCGGAGGACAUGCCGUUGUUCGCAGCCUCUAGGCGGGACGGAGACGGCCGGUGCGGCCGACACAGAGCACCGUUGGAUGGGGAACGGCUGCGCUCCGUUCGGGAGCGGCUGGAACUCAUCGUGUCGGUGCUCGCAGAGCUGGAGUACCUGCGGCGUCGACAGGAACUGCUGGUCCUGAGCGCACUGAAGGAGGAGGCGAGGGAGAUGCGGAGCGCUGCUCAACUGAACUGUGAGGAGAACAUCCUGGUGCUGAGGAAACAACUGAGCUGUCUGAGAAGGGAUGCUGGUGUCUUCGGCGAGUUACAUGACUUGGACCAACAGAUUAAUGACCUCCGAUUGGACACCGAGGUGUCACAAGACCAGCUGGAGACAGACAGCCGAGCAAGCUCAGGUUUCUAUGAGCUAAGUGACGGGACCUCUGGCUCACUCUCCAACUCGUCUCACUCAGUCUUCAGUGAGUGCUUCUGUUCAACAACUGAGGCUGAAGGGUACUUCCUGUCCACAGAUGAGCUGGUCGGCUGUUUGGAGUAUGACGUACUGGCUGGAGGACUUUGUGAUGAUUCAGGUUCCUUUGGUGCUGUUUGCCACUCACUUUCAGUUCCUUACCAGGCUUCUCUGGAGGCUACAUCUUUGGUUCCCACUGAGUGCCCAUCUAAAAAUUUCUGCCAUCUUUUUACCCGAAAUGUCAGUGACAUUUACUGCCACCGAAGCCCAUUACACGCUGCAGCCACUAAAGGCUCUGGUUUUCUGCAGAUGUCUGUUGAUGGAGGUCAUUGCAGAGAUGAAGCUGGUGCUGAAUAUCUCAAAACACAAACCUCCUCUACACCCAGUUCUUUUUCAGGGUCUCUUGGAGCUCAAAGCUCCACCUUCCAACCUCAUUCCAGUAAGCACCCAGAGAAGUACAUUUUUGGUCUGCUGCAGCGAAGGGUACUGCCCAUGAGGGCCAACAGGCCCAGGACGAGCAUCAGCACGGAUCCUCUAAAGAGCAUUGUGCGCCAGCCGAGUCUCUUUUUGAGACAAGUAUUUGGUCCCAGUUCUGGUGUAGGAACAUUAAAAGGGUCUGAAGUAAAAUCUCUGUUCCCUGCUGAAGAAACAUCGGCAGAAUUUUUAUCUUCUCAGAGACAAUGUUCUAUAGAAAGCAAAAAUAAGGAAGAGAUAAGCAAUUGGAGAGUUUUGUCUGAUGAUACUGAUACCAUGCAAUUUAGCUCUAAGAUCAACAAGGGUGACUCCAACUCUCCUGCUGGUCAUAACAUGCAGAACAUUUGUUCUCUUACCAGUAGGGUCAAGAACACCAGCACUAAGAGAGUCAUUAGUGAGACAAGCAACAGGUCUCUUUCUCUCCCAGGUGCCUCUGUCCCAAUUCUUCUCAAAGACAUCAUAGAUCAGAGAAGUCCUGAAGUUAAUUAUUCACACAAAGAGACAUGUCAGCUCUUGAUCAGUGGGGCCACUGAUCAAGAGCAGAUCCUCAAAUCAGCUCUAACUGCUAAAACUCAGACUGGUGCUUCCAAGAAGAUCUCCAAGCCUUGUCAGAGUUGCCCAUCAGAGAAUAAUAACUGGGAGCUGGCACACUCCAGGUCAAAGCCCUUUGCUCAGAAUUUGAAGGAAGGAGAAGGAGUAGAAGGACAGAGUCAUGUGGGUAAUGGCAUCCCUGCCAAGCAACACAACCGUAAACAUCGCAAAGGUAACAGCAGGCAUGUUAAAAUUACCAAAGUGAAGAGCACCAUUAGGACAAGCACAAUGUUGGAUUCUGAACAUAAUGAAGUGCCUUCAGAAAAAAGAGCUGAUAAGUUCUACAAUAACUCUAGCUCUGACAGGUUUCUUGAAGUAGAACAUGGAAGCUCCAUCCAGGUCAAGGUCUCUAACAAAAGUACUUUAUCAGGCAUGAAAAGCAUCUCUGCAUCCACUUUGAUUACUGGAGUCCCAGGCAAGCAUCGAAGGUCUACACCAAUCAGUGUGAGAUCAGGAGUAUUAAAGCCCAAUCAAUAUGGAAACUACCAUUCUCAUCACCAUCAUGGACGUGAACAGGUCGUUGUGGUUACCAAGCCAAAGUACAAACAGAAAGAUUACCGGCCCCUGUGUGCCAUCAUGGAGGUGCCAUAUGGCGGUGCUAACCAGCUCAUCCGACGCCGGCAGAGAAAGAAGGUACUUAGAAACUUUUCAACCAAAAUGUACCCCACAUCUGGGAGGCAGCAAAGUAGCCCAUACUCCAAUGUUGCAGGAAGUGACUCAGAAUAUUCAGCCGAGUGUGUCUCACUUUUUCACUCCACAAUUUUGGACACCAGCGAGGAUGACAGGUCCAACUACACCACAAAUUGCUUUGGGGAUAGUGAGUCUAGUGAGGAGGAAUAUGUAGAGGAGAACACCACCACCACUGACACUGAGGAGAGUGUGGGAGGUUUACCUGGGGGAGGUGGGGCAGGCAGGUGUAAGGGGCAGCUGAGAACAGCUCAGGUCACAGUGGGGAAGCUGGAAAUAGAUCCAGCUCAGACUAAGGCCUUCGUCAAGAUUAAGGCAUCUUACAACCUGAAGAAGAAGAUCCUCAGGUUCAGGUCGGGUUCACUCAAACUCAUGACCACAGUAUGAUCUCCCAGACUGAUACAGAACCAUAUAUGUUUGUUGCUUUAAGCAGUUACUUGUGCCUGAAACAAACCAAGUAAUUGAACAAAUUGUGGCAGGAUGGGAGCUGUAAUAUACGGCACAUGCUAAGGUUUGGAAAGCAGAGUUUCUACAACUGACAUGUUUAUCACCUCAAGCCUUUUCAGACUAAUGGAAACCAAUCCUCCAUCUUUGUGUAGGUGGUCUGAUGAAAGAAAAACUGUUCGGAUGAAACCUUCUUUCUGGACUUCUUCAUAAACAACUCAACUGGCAGACCUAAAUAAUAAAUUUAAGAUUCUGAAUUUACAUUGUUUCACAGUCAACAUUUUACCAGAUGGUAAGUACCUGAAAGAAGGCAUUUAAGCCUCUUUGUAAGUAAAUUGGCAGCAUGCUUAGUCUUGUCAAUUUGGAAGAGCCAAUUUUUCCCAAGCUUUAAGAUAUUUGCUGCCCUGAGAUCUUCCUCAAUUAUUUCCACAUAAUCUUCUUUCCUUGUGAUGCCAUCUAUAUUGAGAAGUACAGCAAUCCCUUCUGCAGCACCACACCACCACAAUAUGAUGCUCCCACUCCCAUACAUCACAGUUGGGCUGGUGUUUUCAGGCUUGCAAGCUUCCACCUUUUCCUCUAAAUGUUACAAUUUUCUUUGUGGCCGAACACUAUAGUUUUAGUUUCAUCAGACUAAAGGACAUCUCACCACAAAUCAAGGUCUUUGUCUCUGAGUGCAUUUACAACCUGUAAUCUGUUUUUCAUGUUGCUUUUGGAGUAAUGGCCUCUUCUUCUCUGAGUGGCCUUUCACUCCAUGUUGGUACAGGACUCGUUUCAUUGUGGAUAAUGACACCCUCAGCAGCAUGAUCAGCUUCAGCAGCAUCUUGACAAGGUCUUCUGGGGAUGAUACACUCAUUGCACACAAACAAAGUUCUCUCUGGGACACAAAACCCAUGUCGUUCAUUAAAGGCGUGGUAGUUGGGACAUCUCCAUGCUGUUUAUAUUUGCAAAUAUUUAUUUCAACAGUGAUACCUUCAGCCAUCUGAAAAUUUGACUCAAGAAUAAACCAGACUAGCGGAGAUCCACAAUUCUCUUCCUGAUAUUUGGCUGAGUUCUUUUUGAUUUUUCCAUGAUGUAAGUCAAGCAGUAUGUUAGAGGUGUUGGCUUAGAAUGCCUGCACUUAACCUAAUUCAACAGAAGCUCACAAAGGCAUAUCAUCAUCUAGGCUAGGUAGUAAUUUUAGUCUUUGUAAGCUUCGAAAUAUGAAGAAAGUUUACAUAUUCUUUAACACUUCUCUUUUUUCUGACAUUUAGCAAACAGAAGUAAUUUAGUUAAUCCCAACAGACCUUUAAUGUCUUUUCAUACAGUGUGAAUAUCCGGUUUCAACUUGGGUAUUCAGAUAUGUUUAGGAUAAGACAAACUGUAUGAAAUAGGUUUUUUUCAUGUGGAUCAAAUGUUAUGACUGAAGAGGAAUUUGGUUUAGAAAGUUCACAAGGUUUGGGAUCAGUUGUUUGUGAAAAUGAUUAUUAUUUUCUCUAGAAUCAUUCAUCUUCAGAACAAAGCUAUUGGAUCCUGACCAUCCUACCUAACACUGGGCCUGUUAAACCUCUGAGGGAUCCUGGAGCACAAAAUGUAGAAAUCUUUGCAAUAAAAAACAUGCUGGAUAACAGAACAUGCUAUGAUAGACAGCAGUGGCUGCACAGAUAGAUGAUUUCCAAUGCAUGGAAACAGUUUGUAAAUGAACUGAAUUUAUGUAGCAGUUCUCUAAUCAUAGUGAACACUCAAAGUGCUUCACACUCGAGCUCCAUUCAACUAGUUGCACUCAUGUUCAUACAUACGCAGUUCAGUAGGCAAAUUGGGGUAAGUCCCUUGCCCAGGGGCACAUUGAUGUGUGGCAGGAGGAAGCUGGGUUUAAACCAACAACUGAUUGCAAGAAAACUAUCAACUGGUCAACAUUUGCUUGCUUGAUAUGGAACUUGAGGUCUGCUAAGAAGAAACCUUUGAAUCCUAACAGUGGAUAGAUGUUCUUCUAGUGAGAACAAGGAUGAAUAUGUAAGAAAAUAACAUUAUGAUCAACAGGCAUAUUUGUCAAAUUGUUGAGAUGAUAGUAAUGGCAAUUAAUCAUUUCCUGACAAAUAGUCAUACUGUUCAGAAAGAAAGGAUCAAAUACCAUAUAUUUUAUUCCUUAGUAGCUAAAAUUUGGCUUAUAAGGGAUUUGUGUGCACAUGUCUAAAAGAUGUCCUCCUAUCUGACAGCAUCCGCUCAAAGUGUUCUGCUGCUGUUGUUGUCUAAUCUCCCAUAGCAACCUACUGCAAUGUAAGAUGAGCUGGAAAAUGGUGAUACAUGCCUUUAAAGGCAUUGGCAAAAGAAGGUGGAAUCACUGCUCUUGGAGAAUGUUCAAACAGUAUUUUUACAUUGUAACAAAAAGGAAAAACUCACAAAACCACAUCAAACCUGGACAUCUGUUUUCAGGACAAGUAGAAGAAAAAUAAAUUCAAUUAUUUUAUGUUGAGGUAGAAAAUGGUCCCAAAGUGGUCCUAAAAAAAGAUCUGUGAGCUGAAAAAUGAAGAGAAUUCAAAAACUUCUUCAAGAAUGUCAAUCAGCAUGUAGUGUGGCAACAGAUCUGGGUUGUUCCAAGUCAGCUGAGUCCAACGUGUGGAGGAAGUACAAACAGAAAGCUGAAGUAAAAAAAAAAAAACAUUGGUCGUUAAAGGAAGAAAUUGAGAUAUCAGGAAGGGAAGCUCUACUUAAUAUGUCUUGGAAAUGGAAAACGGCCAGCUAAAGAAAUAUCAGACCAAUGGGCUGAAAUGGGACUGGCAUCCAGAAUCAGCAUCACCAUUAACAGUUAAACAGAAGAAAACAAGGUUCUAGUCAUGGAUGGAUGAAGAUAAUUGCAGAUGACUAGAUGGAAGUGGGAUUCAUUAAACAUAUCAAAUGACUACCUGGGGUGCGGCUCGUGGCACAGCAGUAGAGCAUGCAACCCACGUAUGGAGGCCUUAGUCCUUGAUGUGGUUGUCCUGGGUUUGAAACCCACCCUAGUGAUGUUUGCCACAUGUCUUCUGCCUCCCUUCACUCCAUUUGCUGUCUGCCUACCUUCAGAAAAAAAUAAAAGCCAAUAGUGCUACGAAAAAAAAUAUUUUAAAAAAGAUGACAUUCUGUCAGUCCAAACAAGGUUUUCUGAUCAAGGCAUGUGUCAGGAUGAUAAUGGAUUUUCCUCUGAGCAAAGAGUGCUCAAAUUUUUCUUCAGUCAAGACAGAUCAAUUCACUGACGUUGCCAGCAACCAGACCCGAUCUCAGUCCAACUGUAAAUGUAUGUUAGAAAAAGAACAGAAUGGUGCAGGGCAAGGUCCCUUCCUCGCAGCUGGUCUUUCAGCUGCUAAAGAGAGGGUGGAACCAGACAGAGAAUGUUGGAUUUAAUUUGAGAAGUCCAAGGCUGCCAUGCUUUCUACAUGGAGUUUGUAUGUUCUCCCCGUGCAUACCCGGCUUCUUUCCAGAUCCUCCGGCUUCUAUCCACAGUUCAAAAACAGACUGUUUGAUUAAUUGGGCUUUCUUAAUUAUCCUUAGGUCAUGGAUGGAUGUAUUGAUGUAGGGAUUCCAUAUUUUCUUCCUCCAGUUGAUCUGAAAAAAAAAAAAGAUGUGCAAUUAACCUUAUUUAGAUGUGUUUUCCAGAAGUAGAAUAUCAGCUUUUAAUAUUUUUGUCAUUGUCAAUAAAACUAAUUGACUUAAAAUCCUCCUAGACUGAUUCCAGAUGUUUGCGAGGUGUUGUGGAAUGUUGACUAGGUGGCAGUACGCCUAAUGGGUUGUGUUUCUGAGAUGGUGCAUUACAGGAGCACUGCAAGAAACAUUUCCUCUGUGCAGCUCAUACUUUCGGCCAAGCCAGAUAACUAAAUGUUUGCUGUAUCUGUGGGGUGGUGGACAGAAGCUGACAUAUUGUAACUAAAACAGUAACCUUAUUUUGACCUUCAACAGGUAGAUCAUUUUUGGCUUCAGGAGUAGUGAGAUCCAUUUAAACACAAUUUCUUCAGUUUUUGUGUUUUCUUGUCUCAAAGCUUUGUGAUAUAAAAUGAAAAUGUUCUGCAGUGUUACAAGCUCUCCUUAAAGAUUAUUGGGCUUUUUGAAAGCCACACAGUUUGGGAGAAAAGAAAUGUCUUAGUUUCAUUUUGAUAGCAUUUUAUUUCCUUAAAAAGUUACCUCUGCACAUGCAUUAGUUGCAUUUGGCUCGAGGUGUGAGGCCUAGUUGUGUAAAAGCAAUGUUUUUAUAUCUUGCACUUUGAAACAAGCCAUCAGUGGACAGGACAUGCUGUUAACAUGUUUGCUUAUAGCCUUUUUUAUGUUCUUUAGUCUCUGAAUGUUUCUGUUCAGCUCAUGUUUAUUCUGUAAAUUAAUUAUUUUUAAGUGAUGCUGUUCUAAGAUGUUUUUAAAGCUAUUUACACCUAAUAUAUUAACUGUACAAAAGACAGUGUUGACUGAAAGCCAUUAAAAUGUAAAGACCAGAUGGACAUUUGUUUCACCGUUUUUUACUGCAACUUACGCUGAAAUGACAAACGAUGUGAAUGUCUCAGGAGAGUUUCCACUUAUUGUGAUGACUGAGGUCAGUUCUUACUCUUAUGAGUAAGGUACCACGUCUUUGCCUUCAGAACAGCUCUAGUUUUGGACGUUAGAUGUGAAAUGGCGCUACAUACAACCCCAGCUCCAAUGAGCUGGGACGUUGUGUAAAACGUAAAUAAAAACAGAAUGCAAUGAUUUGCUAACCCUGCAAAUUUUUGGAACGUGUUACAAGCAUCAAAUUUAAAAUGAGUGAAUAUUUGCACAAAAAAAAACAAAAAAGUUUAUCAGUUGAAACAUUAAAAAUCUUGUCUUUGUAGCGAAUUCAAUUACAUAUUGGUUGAACAAGAUUUUCAAAUUAUUGUAUUCUGUUUUUAUGAUUUACACGUCCCAACUUCAUUAGAAAUGGGGUUGUAGACAGUGGGAUUAUGGCAAAAAGGGAAGUGCAGUGAAUGCAGUUGUUUGAUAUCACCAAAUUCUUUUGAAAAUUCCUUAAAUAUUGAAAGAUUUAAAACUGGCAAGUGCAAAAAAUAUUUCUAGUUUGAUGGUGGAUGAAGGGCUUAACAGGAAUAGUAUCAGGCCUCAUACAACCUUGGGCCGGCCCUGAACAAGAUUUAGAUUGAUCAUCUGGGUUUACAUGCCUUUUUUAAAAAGCCAGGACUGCUUUACUGAUGUCACACGCUGCCUUUCUGUAUAAAGUUUUCUUUGCUAUUUGUUCUGGUGUUCAUUUAAUAACCAAACUUGAUUGUACUGAUGAUUCUCCACCAACUUCAUGCCUCUGAUGUACCAGAUUUCCUCUGCUAAGCAUAACAGCUGGAGAAAUGAAUGACUGUUAUCAAUAGAUGUGUGUAUUUAAUGUACAUGUAUACCAGUAAUGGUGCUUGAUCCUUUAACUCUUAAUUAAAUGUGGAUUUCA